UUACUGUGCAUUAAAGUUUAAAUAAAUAAAUAUACAAUUUGUUUGCAUUACUUAUCAGAGUCUUAUUGUGAUUUCAUUUGAUCUUGUUAGAUUUAUAUAUAUAAAAAAAAAAAUGUCAACAAAUGCAUUUUGUGUAUACGUAUUAAUGACAAUAUCACUAAAUAAUAUAAUAUGUGAGGAAGAAUUCAAGAGUAUACCGGUGACGGUGAAAACAUAUGAAAAUGAUACUGUAUUGCUGCCGUGUUAUCUACAAGAGUCAGAGUACAAAUACCGUGUGCGGUGGUACAAAGAUGAGACACUGCUGGGAGACAGCCAUGACUCUCAUCAUCUUCUCCCUCCAAGAGUGAGGAUGCACGCCAACUUCAGUCUACAGAUCGAUAAUCUCAUGUCACAGGACACCGCGGACUAUACUUGCGAGGUUAUACGCCCAGAACCAUGGAGUCCUAUACGACAAACACACUCCAUAGAAGUCCAGUAUUCACCAAAAAUCAGAACGGUUCCAGAGGAUGGGUUUCUAGAAGUUCGCAAGGGGGAGUACGUUGAUAUCGGAUGUGAAGCCAACGGCACGCCGCACCCAAUAGUAAACUGGAGGAAGAACGGUGAAGCUAUGGCCUUGCUGGACCAUCGUCCACGUAUUAAAUUCAGGGCCGAACAUCGGCUGUUGGCCGGCGUGUAUGAGUGUGUGGCGAUCAAUGGUGUUGGGGAUCCGGUGAUCGCUGCCAUAAGAGUUGUCAUCCAUGAUGCCCCAGUAGUAUCCGCGGAACGCAGCUUCGUUCACACGGCAGUAGGGCUGAGGGCGGCGUUGGCGGCGAAACUUGAGUUCGCCGUACCGCCAGCUCGCACCGCGUGGUACAGAGACGGCAGACCGGUGAAGACCGAUGACAGAAUAGUGAUAAUGGUCCAAGAUAACAUCCACCAGCUGAUCUUCCGGACAGUAAGGAAGACAGAUCUUGGGAACUAUACGUUCAGAGCGGAAAACAAGCUGGGAAUGGCUGACGUGUCCUUCAAACUUACUGGGGUUCCAAACGUGGCCUCGUUCAAAGUGGACCAAACUUUGAAUAAGGCAACAGCGACAAGUUUCAACCUUAUUUGGGAAGUGGACUCAUAUUCGACAAUCAUCGAAUACAAUCUUUGGCUGCGACCUUACUAUGGCCGACUCAGUACAGUAGACCCCAGUUCCUUUACCACGGAGUCCCCCGCUAAUCUUUGGAGCAAGAUCGUGAUACCGGGCGACUCUAGCGACGGGCCAAUACACAGCGCUAUCUAUACUGUUAGAGGACUAACGCCCUCUACCGUCUACGAGGCAAUAGUGACCUCAAGGAAUAGAUUUGGUUGGAGUAAACCAUCUGCUAUAUUACAUUUUGCUACGGAACCUGGCUACGGCCGAAAAGUCCCGACAUCUGAUUACACAGAUAUCACGCCAAUUCUAGAAGACACAGAGCCCCAACCACACAACAUUUCCCAGGCGCAGACAUUUGAACACUUCAGUGAACUGUCAAAAGGGAAUGCGCGGGAAAAUUCGGAUACGUUAACAGUGAUUGCCGUCAGUGUUUGGUCGAUUUUAAAUAUUAGAUUAAUUUUUUAGUUUUCUAACUUUUAAGUGCAAUAAUAUGUUUUAAUUCUUAUUUUUUGAAUAAUGAUCUUGAAUUUCUAACUUUAAUCAGAUUACAACAAUUAAAAGAUUUCUUCUAAAAACAACUAAUUUGUAUAAUUUCAUGGCAGUAUCUAAGGGUCAUACUUCUGUCACGGCCUAUGAAAACGCUGUCACGGCCUAUGAAAACGCUGUCACGGCCUAUGAAAACGCUCUUAAUUAAUUAAUUUUAAUUUAAAAAAAUCUGUCUCUGAAUAAGGUACGUGCCAUCUAUUUAAUUGUCCGAGUUCAUCAUCUGCGUAGACCCAUGGCUUGAUAUCUUUGAUGUAAAGUCAUAAGACUUAAUAAUCUGGGUAGAAGUGACACUCGUGUACUUUGUUAGUGUACCGAUGUCGAUAAAAUGAUAAAACUUCUUCUCAAUCUGAUAGGAUUGUCACAAGUUUAUAUUCAUUUAAUAAAUUACUAUGUCAUAUAUAAAUGAAAAAAUGCAAUUCCUUAUCAAAAAGUAGGGCGACUCUGCCAGUCAAGAGAAACGACGAUACAUACAAUUCAACAAUUUAUUUACAACAUGGAUUUUCAACGUGAUUGAUUUUCAUCCAGACAAAUCAUAGUUGUAAUAAAGGACCUAUCAUCAACGUAAUAAAAUAAAUAAUAAAGAAUAUAUAAUCUAGGUAUAAUAAAAUAGAUCAAAUAAAUAUUAAUUAAAGUUAUAAAAAAAACAAUAAAUUUCAUUUUUGUAAUCAUAUAAUUUUUUUACGGUUGUUAAGUAAUUAUGAACAUCGGUAUUUAAAUUGGUAAAAUAGAAAAAAAAAACAAAGUCCUAUUUUGUAGUUUAAGAUUAAACAUGCUUUCUGAGUAGUGUAUGACCUUUCAGAUUAAAGGAAUCUAGUUCUUGUGGACGAACUAUUAUUGUUAAAUUGGCAGGAGUGGCACUUCUACCUACUCCCCUUUCUCUUGAUAAUGUUUUAAUGUUUAAUAAUUUACUUCUUGCCCUAUAAUGAUUGAUGUUCCUUCCAAUAGCAAGUAAGCUAGUGUAAAUAUUUAUUAUUAAAUAAGUAUACAUUAAAGGUUAUACCUAA